UUGGUCCUGUAAAAUAUAAGAGGUGAUUAAAUCCUUGUCAGGCAUUCUUUUUCCCUUUCCUUUUUAAUGAGCCUUCUAAUGCAGGGGACUUUUCUUUUAGCCCAGUUAUGAAACUUUUUGUUGUUGUAGCACUCUGUUGUAGCUUUUUUUCUACUAGAGCCACCCCUCUCCCGUUUGAAUUCUCAGACUGUGAUGACCCAGAUGUCUUGGAAGCUGUUGACACAGCACUGCAGAAAUACAAUGGAGACAGCACUACUGGUAAUCAAUUUGCUCUGUACAUGGUGAUGGAAGCCAAGAGAACAGUAGGUCCUGACAAACAAUUCCACGUGAGAUAUCAGAUACGAGAGACCACUUGUGCCACUGGAGAAAACAAACUUUGGAAGGACUGUGAUUACAAAGCAUCUGCAGAAGCUAAAACAGGAGAAUGCACAGCUCGAGUUCACAUGAAUAACGCUGAAAAAACAAGUAAUGUUUCGCAAGAUUGCAGAAUUGUUUCAGUUCAACCGGUGAUACCACUUACUCAGAAUAUUUGUCUUGGAUGCUAUCACACUAUAUCAAGUGACAGUUCACGAGUGUCAGAAAUUCUGCAAAAAGCCAUUCAAAAGUUCAACACACACAGUGGUGAAGCUGCCCUUUUUAAACUCGUGGAAAUAACAGAAGCUCGGAGACAGGUGGUAGCUGGAUUUAAUUACAUAAUUAAAUAUGAAAUCAAGGAAACAAAUUGCUCCAAAGACCAAUUUCAAGAUUUAACUCAUGAAUGCAAAACCACUUCUGGAGGUCGUGUGGGGAAAUGUGAUGCCAAAGCAUAUGAAAAUCUUCAGUCAGACAUUGUAGAUGUUGCAAGCCAGUGCAAUUUUCCAGCUGAAGAACUGGUAAAUCCUCCAACUCGUGUUUGUCCUGGUUGUCCAAGUUCUAUCCCAACUGAUAGCGCAGAACUGAAGGAACUACUGAAGGUUUCUGUGGAAAAGUACAACUCAGAGACCAACGAUGACUUCUACUAUCAAGCUGAAGAAAUAGAAUCAGCAACAGUACAGGUGGUUGCAGGACAAAACUACCAUCUAGUAUUUUUUGCCAGGAAGACAAACUGCUCAAAAAAAGAGUUUGAAAAACUUCAUGAGGACUGUGAAGCUUCAACAGACAGUCUAUCGCUGCGCUGCGAAGCACAAAUUUAUGUGGUCCCGUGGGAGAACAAAACCUUCCCCCAGGUUAACUGCUCUACAUUCCAGCUAAUGACAGCAAUGGUGAGAAGGCCUCCAGGAUUCACUCCUUUACGAAGCUUUGCUGUAGUACUACCAGUAGAUGGAACUACACUCUCCAAUGCGAACGAAAGAGAAACUCAAAAAGCUGGUGAAGAAACAAGGAAAGAUGAUGGACAGGGACCAGAUGGCGAAGGUGAACCUGGGCAUAAACACAGGCAUAAACAUAAGCACGGACUGAAAAAGGAUCAUGAAUCUGCCAAAAGGCACAGGCAGGAAACUGACUGUGGGCACAGGAAUGGCCAUAGAUGUGGACAUCGAAAACAUGGUAAACAUGGUAAACAUGGUAAACAUAAACAUCACAAACCUGAAUCUUCUGAGGAAUCCGGUGAAAGGGUUUUUAAUCUAAAAGAAGCCCUCCCAUCAUCCACUGCUGAAACAGCAUUAGAGCUCGUUAAUGCAGAGGUUGUAAGGACAGAAGCCAGUACUCCUACAGAACCAGUAGAUUCUCCUGACAUCUCUUCAUUUAAUGGGUUGCCAGAUCACACAGAAUCUCCUCCCCUCAGAUGUCCUGGAAAACCUUGGAAACCAAUUCCGGACCUGCUCAUUCCUUCCAACCUUCCCAGAGAAUUCUUAGAUGAGGAUCUCUUGCCUUCUGCUGCAGAAAACAUUGAUCUUACAACAGAAAACCCACUACCUCCCCAAAACGAAGAGAUGAGCUUUGAUCUUGCAGAUGCUUUACAAUAAUUCAAGCAUCGUAGGAUCCUCUCCAAAAUCCCUACAGAGGAAACCAGAAAAUAUCUGCCUUUUGAAAUAGAUGAGAUCUAAGAGGCAAAAGCUCCUAUUCAGUCUGCUAAAACACUCAAGUUCGGUCAUCAAUACUCCAUGUCUGCUUAACUGUUGCACGCUUGGCAAGAGCACACAACAGGCAUGGCACCAAUGAUUCAGAAGCUGUCCAGUAAAGGGACUGGGCAAACCAACAGCUUCCUGCUUCCACAGUUCCAGUUGCAACUAUCACAUCUGCCCCACGUUGUUACAAGCACACAGCAAACCACUGUGUCAAAUUUCACUGUAUUAUAUUUAAAAAACAAAGAAUUUUGCAGAUUACAUGAAGAAUUUCAACCAAAGAAGCCAAUAUAGAGCAAGGAUGCCUUUCUUAGAUAUCUGAAAUGAUAUUUCUCUAAUUUCCUGGAGCAAAUCUUUGAAGAAAAUAAAAUAAAGGAGCUUAUUUUACUUGUCAA